AUGGGAAACAAAGAGCCAUUUGGUGGAGUAAGCUUGAUAACUGUUGGUGAUCUUUUCCAGUUAAAACCAGUUUUUGAUAAGUGGAUCUUUGAAAAUUCUCAAAUUGGAUAUGAUGCUUUAGCAAGUAACAUUUGGGCAGAAUACUUCAACAUUGAAUCAACAGAAAUAAUGAGACAAAAAGAUGACAAAGAAUUUGCUGAGCUGCUCAAUCGUUUGAGAGAGGGAAAGCACUCUAAAGAUGAUAUAGCCCUUCUGAAACAAAGAUUUCUGAAUUGUUCAUCUGCUAACUAUCGUGGUAUUUGCUUCUCUCGCGCCAAAGGAAAGCUCUUUGUGGAAAGAAGGCGAAGUGGAGAGCAGCAAGUAAUGCAUACACCUGAGCAAAGACGCAUGGAGGACAAAAAUAUCCAAGGAAGGCAAAGUGGAGAGCAGCAAGUAAUGCACACACCUGAGCAAAGACGCAUGGAGGACAAAAAUAUCCAAGGAAGGCGAAGUGGAGAGCAGCAAGUAAUGCAUACACCUGAGCAAAGACGCAUGGAGGACAAAAAUAUCCAAGGAAGGCGAAGUGGAAAGCAGCAAGUAAUGCACACACCUGAGCAAAGACGCAUGGAGGACAAAAAUAUCCAAGGACCUUCAACAGAUGAAAAGAAAAGCGACGAAGAGGCUCGACAGGUUUCGUUGUUACAGGAUGAAUUAAGGAAGUGCAGAAACGAUCUGAAAACAAAAGACAGAGAAAUUGAGUCCCUUAUUAAAAGGGUGGCACGUUUUAACGAGAUGCAAACGAAACGGGACCAGAGAAAUGUUGAGGAUACCCUCAGUUUGAACAGGCCAUCUCUUGUGGAACGAGAUUUCUGGCAAUUAAAAACUGAAGAACGCGUUGAUGCAUUGGAGGUUUUAAGGAAGCGAUACGAGAACGAAAUCGAUGUCUUUCCUGAAAUAUUAACCUGUAUCAUUUUCGAGGCAAUUUACGAACACAUGUUGGAAACAAGAUCUCUCAUGGUCGAGGGCUGUAAGGAAAUAACGAAGAUGGCUGUGAAAGAUGGGCCAUGGCUUGGCAGACAUUUUCUCACACGCAAAUAUAGGAGAGAAGAAGCCUCGGUGAAUCUCUUGAUCAAAUUGCAUAGUCGUGGAUCAGAUUGCCCCAGACAAGUCAUGGACAGCUUGUUACUGGCCAUCAAAGAGUCUGCAUCAGAACUUGACGUUGACGAAUUCACUAAGGACUCAUUUCUGAAGCAAAUAGUCGUCAAAUGCGAACAUGUGUCUGGAAAGCGCCUCUUAAGGAAAAUCCCUUGGAAGGAGUUAUUACUCGACUUGGCUGACUACGUGAAGAAGCUAGUCAAAUUAACGUGGCGAAUGGUGACACAACUUCCACCUUUGAGGCUCGAGUACCAUAAGACCACCUUUAACAGUCAAUAUCACAUAAUGGCUGGAUCCGAUCACAAAGAUAAAGUUGGAAAGGACCAUGAAAAACCAGUCUGUUAUUUGUGGCCCGGCUUGUUGGAUGGAGGAGGAAGGGUAAUUAGAGUCGGAGAGGUUACAGUACGGCAAAGCAGUUAGUAUCUAUAUGCAACUUACUUAUCCGUAACCAUCUGCCAUGAAGAGAUUACAUAAGAAGAAAAAAGAGAGAAAGAGUUUGAUUUGAUCGAGAUGCCAAUAGCAUAUACAUUUGACGGAAACCGCAAACUUAGCUUCUUAUUAUCACACAAGUAACCAGCCCCUUAAGGGUCCGGAGGCUAUCCGCUUAAUAUGGGUUUCACUAUAAUUUAGAUAAAACCCAGUCAAGAAACCAGUUUUUGCAGAAGUUGCUCAGCUGUAAAUGCCUUCACUGCAUCAGAUGAACCUUUGUAGUAAUAGGCUUGAAGCCCUUGUCAGCUACAACUUUUAAGUGUACCAAAAGUAGUUUUAUGAUCAUCACAAUACUCCUGGCUAAUUUUUUUUUAAUCAAAGAUGCUUUUUACAGAAAGAGAAAGCUGCAAAAUUUUUGUUACUCAACACUACUAAUUACGGUACCAAAUAGUGUUCUUCAAAUUCUCAGUACAUUGACCAAGUUUGCUGUGGUUUGAGGAUGAUGCCAAAGCCUCAACUUUAGACCCUUAAGAGCUUUGUAUAUCAGUUUUUAAGCGUCAACAUUCAAAUAUUUUGUUCGGUGUUUAAAAUGUAGUCCAAGCACUAAAUGUAUUCAAUAAAAA